AGGUGGCAAUGUUCUUUUUUAGAACAUUUAAGGCAAGGGGUUUUGCUGCACUCCAACUGUUUAUCAAGAAACAGUCACUUACUACCUUGAAAGUAUAUCUUAAAGAAGAACAAGUAGAAUUCCACACAUCAAAUAUUUGAGAGCGAUGACUGAGUACAAAGGAACUCAUUACAUGGUGGCCAGACCUAUAUAUUCAGAAAAUGCAUUUUCUGCAAAUCACGAAAAAGUGUCCAGAAAUCAUAAAACCGCUUUGGAUCACCUCAAGCAGUAUUUUGGGUGCUCAACUGAAAAGGCAAAGGGCAUUGCCCUUUCUUUCCUACCAAUUGCAUCAUGGCUUCCUGUGUAUAACUUUAAGGAAUGGCUUCUCAGUGAUUUGAUUUCUGGAAUCAGCACUGGGAUGGUUGCUGUUUUGCAAGGCCUGGCAUUUGCUUUACUCGUGAAUGUCUCUCCAGCUUAUGGACUCUAUUCUGCUUUUUAUCCUGUAAUAUUGUAUUUUUUUCUUGGAACAUCAAAGCAUAUAUCAGUUGGCCCUUUUCCAGUUCUGAGUUUGAUGAUUGGCUCAGCUGUGCUGAGAUUAGUACCAGAUCCUGUUACUAACAAUUCUACAAUAAUUAUCAGUGAUACGCAGGACAACAACGCAAACCAUACAGAUGGUUUAUCCAUUGCUGAACAAAGAGUUAUCGUUGCCGCCUCUGUUACAGUCCUGGCUGGAAUUUUUCAGCUGGCCUUAGGGUUGCUGCAAGUCGGUUUUAUAGUGAUUUAUCUAUCAGAUCCUCUGAUAAGUGGCUUCACUACCGCUGCAGCCAUUCAGGUAUUUGUAUCUCAAAUAAAGUUCAUACUUGGGCUUAAAAUAAAGAACUUCAGUGGACCACUGGCAAUUUUUUAUACUUUAGAAGACAUCUUUAAAAAGAUUACCGGCACAAACAUUGCUGACCUUGUUACAUCUAUCAUCAUCAUGGCUGUGGUUUUCAUUGUCAAAGAAGUUAAUGAUAGAUAUAAGGCAAAAAUACCAGUGCCGAUCCCUAUAGAACUUAUAAUGACAAUAAUUGCAACAGGGGUAUCAUAUGCAUUUGAUUUCAAUUCAAGAUAUAAUGUACAGAUCAUUGGUGUUCUAGAAAGCGGAUAUCAGCCUCCUAUAGUACCAAGUGUUUCAGUUUUCCAAGAAUGUGUAGCUGAUGGAUUUGCUAUUGGAAUUGUUGCAUUUGCAGUUGGAUUUUCUGUUGCUAAAGUAUACUCAAUCAAGCAUGAUUAUCUCAUAAAUGGAAACCAGGAACUGAUAGCAUUUGGAAUUGGAAACAUAUUCUGUGGCUGUUUUCGGGGAUUUGCAGUUAGCACAUCCCUAUCUAGGUCUGCUGUUCAGGAAAGUACAGGAGGCAAAUCUCAGAUUGCUGGGGUGCUGUCCGCUCUAAUUGUCAUGAUUGUCACCUUAGCCAUUGGAUUUCUUCUAAAAACUUUACCAAAGUCUGUACUUGGCGCUUUAGUUCUCAUUAAUUUAAAAGGAAUGCUCAUGCAGUUUAAUGAAAUACCAAUUUUGUGGCGGAAGGAUAAAUAUGAUUGCUUAGUGUGGCUGGUGACCUUUGCUUCUGCAGUAAUUCUUGGGCUGGAUCUUGGUCUGGCAGCUGGAGUUGGAUUUGAGCUUUUAACUGUGGUGUUUCGUACACAGUUCCCAAAAUGUACUCUCAUUGCUAAUAUUGGAUGGACUGAUAUUUACAGAAACAGAAAAGACUAUGUGGAUGCUUUUGAACCAAAGGGAGUGAAAAUAUUUAGAUGUCCAUCUCCUAUAUUCUUUGCUAAUGCAGGGUACUUUAAAGAUAAACUAACAGCUGCUGUUGGGUUUAAUCCACUAAGAGUGUUGCGUAAGCGUAAUAAGGCUCUGAAAAAAAUCCAAAAGUUAUUGAAGAAAGGCGUCCUUCAAGGCACUGCGAAUGGCAUUAUUUGUACAUCGUACGAAUAUGUAGAGUCUGAGGAUGAAUUGGAUAAUAACAAAAUAGAUGAACUUUACAACUCCAUUAAAAAGGACGAUCUUCCAUUUCAAAUAGACUGGAACUCAGAUCUGCCAAGUGAUAUUGUUGUGCCCAAAGUUGAUAUCCACAGUUUAAUUCUUGAUUUUGGAGCAGUUUCUUUUAUUGAUGUGACUGGAAUGAAAAGUUUAAAAACGAUAUUAAAGGAAUUCAUUAAGAUUGAAGUUGAUGUUUACAUUGCUAAUAUAGACAAUGACCUUCUGGAUAAACUGAAGAACUGCGGAUUUUUCGAUGAUGAAAUUCAAACCUCCAUAUUGUUUCUCACAGUCCAUGAUGCUAUGCUCUUUGCACUAGCAGCAAAAGGCAGUGAAUAUUCUGGUCAAAUCACAGCACAGGAAAAAAACUGUCACACUUAUAAUAAUGGAUGCACAAAUGGAAACCUAAGGAGCAGGGAACAUACUAUACCAAGUGAAACAAAAUUUUGAUGUAUUUAUAAAAUUUACUGAUUUCCCAGAUGUGCCUUACGAACCCCACCUUACGGGUCAUAAUUUUAUGGUCCUGUGUGAUACAAGAAAUCUUUCACAAGACAAGAUAUAAAAUUAUUUUAUUUGGAGGGACAUGGGCAAUAGCUUUUUGUUCAGAAAGUAACAAAAAAAUAAUUAAGUGAAAACUACAAAUGAUUGAGAUAUAGUUA